AUGUCAGGACUCGAUGUCGAGGCUCUCCUUGAGUCCACAGCCGCCACCGAUGUCAAAGAAUCUCCUCGCGAACCCGAUGACCGCCAUCGCAGCGACCGUAGUGAGCGUCGUGACAGAGACAAAUACCGCGAUGGUUCCCGUGAUCGAGACAAAGACCGCAAAAGACGGGACAGAAGCCGGGAACACCGACGAGAUCGAGACCGCGACCGAGAUGAUGACAUGAGAAGCCCCAGAAGCGAACAUGGCUCUGCUAACGGCAGUCACAGAAGUAGGAGGAGGAGUCGCAGUCGCGAUGACGACAGAAGACGUUCCAGACGUGACGAAGGCCAUCACCGUCGACGAUCCAGGUCUCCCGAAUAUGAUCGCUACUACCGACCCGAAGGACGACCUCGACGUGAUGACGAUGAUAGACGCGACCGUGACAAAGACCGCCGUCGUUCGGAAAGCCCCAAAAAGGGUGUAAAGACCAAAACACCUGAACCACAACUUACUGAGGAUGAGCGUGACAGGAGAACCGUUUUCGUACAACAACUUGCCGCGCGCCUCCGCACAAAAGAGUUGAUCCAGUUCUUCGAGAAAGUGGGACCUGUCAAAGAGGCUCAGAUUGUCAAAGAUCGGGUCAGCGGUCGCUCUAAAGGUGUCGGCUACGUCGAGUUCAAGGAUGAAGAGUCGGUGCCCCUUGCCAUCCAAAUGACCGGACAGAAACUCCUCGGGAUCCCCAUUAUUGCUCAACUCACAGAAGCAGAAAAGAAUCGACAAGCCCGCAACCCCGAAGCUAGCAGCAGCAAUCACAACUCUGUCCCCUUUCAUCGUCUCUACGUUGGAAACAUUCAUUUCAGUAUCACUGAGCAAGACUUGCAGAAUGUUUUUGAGCCUUUUGGAGAGCUGGAAUUCGUUCAGCUUCAGAAGGACGAAACAGGGCGCAGUCGUGGUUAUGGUUUUGUCCAGUUUCGUGAUCCCAAUCAAGCUCGUGAGGCUCUUGAGAAAAUGAACGGCUUUGACCUUGCAGGACGUCCCAUCCGAGUCGGUCUAGGCAACGACAAAUUUACGCCUGAAUCAACAGCCAAUCUGCUUCAGCGCUUUCAAGGUCAGAACCAGCCCGGCUACCAGGGCUCGGCCUUUUCCGGUUCCGGCGGGCGAGGAUCUCACGCUGGUGGCACCGGCGGCACUUUCGAUCGUGCAGGCGGCCGUGAUAACGACAAGGGUACUGGCGGGGCCAGUGCUCUGGAUGAUACCGAUGUCGCUGGCGUGAACUUCAACAACUACAGCCGAGAUGCAUUGAUGCGCAAACUUGCUAGGACAGAUGAUUCCACCACCGUGCCCGAGAAACGCAGUGUCGUUCCAAAGAAGGAGAGCAAGCCUCUGCCAGUCAAUGUCAGCCAAGCGAGUCGCUGCGUUUUGUUGCGGAAUAUGUUUGAUCCUACGGAGGAAGAAGGCGAAAGCUGGAUUAAGGAGCUCGAGGACGACGUCCGUGCCGAAUGCGAGGAGAAAUAUGGCCACGUUGUGCACAUAUCACUCGAUCCGAACACCCAAGGUGACAUUUAUUUGAAGUUCGAACGCGUGUCUGGUGGCGAGAACGCUAUCAAAGGCCUCAACGGCCGUUACUUCGGCGGUAGGCAGAUCAGCGCGCAGCCAGUCGUUGACGCCGUCUACAGCAGUUUGUUCUCUAGGACCAAGGCUCUAUGA